CUGAGGGACUCAAAUAGUCUAGUCCUAAUCGUUCCCCUACCGGAAGAUGAAAUUAGACUGGUGGUUCCUCUUUUUGUUGAAUGCUCUCAGAUGCCUGGAGUCAAUCUACCUAUGAACCAACUGGGAUUUUACAUGCUCACGUUAUUGCUUUGCGCAUUCUUACAUGAGGCUGGGCAUGCACUGGCCGCUUUGCGCGAGCGGGUUCGUCUGCAUGGGUUCGGUUUAUUCCUGUUUGGCAUCUAUCCCGGGGCCUAUGUGGAUUUGAACACGGCCGAUUUGCAAAGCCUGAAACCGUUUGGUCAGUUGCGAAUUUACUGUGCCGGGGUGNNNNAUUGCAUUGUUCAGUGUUGCACUUUUUUACGCCAUGCCGUGGGUUCUGUCGCCUGUGUAUCAAACAGGCACCGGAGUGGGUGUUACCUACCUGCGUGA